AUGAGUAUACUUAUAUCCUUAGACAUAAAGCGGGAGUUGAGAGCUGCUGAUGCUCUCAGUCGUUGUAUGAUGACUACCACUGAGAUGAGAGCUGAAGUCGUCGGAUUUGACCAAAUAAAGAGGGACUAUUUGGAAUGCCCCGACUUCAAGGAGACCUGCUUUCUCUUGUCCACAGGCAGCACGCGCCUUGUGGACAAUUUCCUAUUAGAGGAUGGUUAUCUUUUCAAAGCCCAAAAGCUUUUCAUUCCUAGCAUCUCCCUUAGGGAAUUUCUUGUCUGUAAACUCCACGCCGAAGGCCUCGCUGGGCACUUCGGUCGGGACAAAACUAUUGAAGUCGUGGAGUUUCGUUUUAUUGGCCCAGCUUGA